AUGGCGUGGGACAAGAAAAAAAAAAAAUUCUCAACCAUAGCAAUCAUGGAAUACGGUAAAUUUGUGUUGUUCGGUGACUCCAUCACCCAGUUUAGUUGUACCCAGUAUGGCUUUCAUCCAGCAUUACAGAAUGUGUAUAUCCGAAAAUUGGAUGUUAUUAACCGUGGUUUCAGUGGCUACAACUCAGAGCACGCUAGACAAAUUCUUCCAAAAAUUUUAGAGUCGGAAACCAAUAUCAAAUUGAUGACAAUAUUUUUUGGAACUAACGAUGCAUACGACUACAUCAAUGAAAUCCAGACAGUCGAGUUAGACAGAUAUAAAGAUAAUUUAAGUGUAAUGGUACAGAUGGUACUAGACAAAAAUAUCAAACCAAUCAUUAUUGGGCCUGGCUUGCAUGACCCCAAGAUGGCAAAGGCCAUGCUUGCUGAGAGAGGACGCCCAAUCGAUAAAGAUCCCACAACUAACCAAAGACUAUUGAAAUAUUCUGAAACCGCUAAAAAAGUCGCAGCUCAACACAAUGUGGCAUUCAUCGACACAUGGAACACCUUAAGGCAACACCAAGGGUGGACCAAGGACCAGUUGUUUGAAGUUUCUGCAACAAAAGACAAAUGGGAAAUUGGAGAAAGUUUAGCAGAGAUCGUUAGUGACGGAAUCCAUUUCACCGCCAAAUCCUACAAGAUUCUAUUUGAAGAAAUUAUUCGUGUUAUUGAGGAAAAGUACCCUGAAUUGGCUCCCGAAAACUUGCCCUCGCAACUUUGUGACUGGAAACAAAUCAACCCCAACGACUUGUCGUCGAUUUUCAACUAA